ACUAGUACAAGGGUUCAACUGCCUCAACUUCCGCUGCACUACUCCAAGUCUCAAGUCUUUACAGCUGGGACUUAGUCUCUGCAAAAGAUCCUAAAGGGUUUUUCUCAGCCCAACAUGUACAAGGGUUCAACUGCCUCAACUUCCGCUGCACUACUCCAAGUCUCAAGUCUUUACAGCUGGGACUUAGUCUCUGCAAAAGAUCCUAAAGGACCAGGCUCGCCGGAGCUCACGGAGUUGCGAAGCCAACUGGACUACCUCUUGGAGAAGGGGUUCAUUCGGCCCAGCACCUCCCCGUUCGCAGCACCCAUCCUGUUCACGCCCAAAAAAGACGGCGGGCUGCGAAUGUGCAUCGACUACAGGGCGCUAAAUCGACGAACAAUCAAGUCUCGCUACCCAAUCCCACGCGCGGACGAUCUUCUCGAUCAACUUCGCGGAGCUCGCUUCUUCUCGAAAAUCGACUUACGCGGCGGUUACCAUCAGAUCCGAGUCUUCGCUGACGACUGCCACAAGACGGCGUUCCGAACCCGCUAUGGUAGCUACGAGUACACAGUGAUGCCGUUUGGCCUCACGAACGCGCCCUCCACUUUGCAACUCACCAUGAACGGCGUAUUCCGAGACCUGCUCGACAAGUGUGUCAUCGUCUAUCUUGAUGACAUUCUGAUCUACAGCAAGACACAGGAACAGCACCUCAAGGACCUUGAGCAAGUUUUCCGGCGGCUGCAAGAAAACCGGCUCAUCACGAAGGGCUCCAAGUGCGAGUUCCUCAAAUCCGAACUGGAAUUUUUGGGACAUGUCGUGGGAGCGGACGGCAUAAAAAUCGACCCGAAAAAAAUCACAACGAUUCGCGACUGGAAGCCGCCGACGAAUUUACAGGAGCUGCAGAGUUUUCUCGAGUUCGUUAAUUAUGUCCGGAGGUUUAUCCCUAAUAUGGCAGGGAUAACCGGAUCGUUAACUGACCUGCUGCGGAAGGGCACUUUGUUUGAAUGGGGGGAGAGACAGCAGACUGCUUUCGAUGAACUGCGAAAUUCUCUGACCGAUUUCGCCAUCGGUGCGAUACUGUUACAAGAUUUCAACGACGGACUCCAACCCAUCGCGUAUGAGUCUAGGAAGUUGCAGGCAGCCGAGCGCAACUAUUCCGUCCACGACAAAGAAAUGCUCGCCAUCGUGCACGCAUUCAAGGUGUGGCGAUGCUACUUGACGGGAGCCGACGUGACAGUACGGACAUACCAUAAAUCCUUACAGUACCUCUGCGCGCAGCCGAAUCUAAAUCCACUGCAGAUUCGCUGGCUGGACUUCCUCGAAAGCAACUUCCACUACACCAUCACGUACAAACGGGGAGCGAAUAACAUCGCUAACGCGCUGACAAGACCAUCCGCCCACCUCGCCUCAAUCAUUCCAAAGGACCCUACUUCCUAAAAGCCGGUACUGACCGUAUCUGGG